UUCGCAUGUUCAUCGACUUCUUUGUACUUUUGAUAGAAAAAGAUGUCAAGCCUUCAUCCAUACUUAGCUGGUUUAUACUUUAAACCCUACUUUCCUUGUAACCCCUUGAAAGGAAUCUCAAGAAAGCGAAAAAUAAAUAAGUAAAGACACAAAAAGCAAAUAAAGUUACCUCCAUUGACAAGAAAACUUUCCCAGCUUCACCCUAAUCUCAUCUCUUGCAAAAUAUUGUUUAUUUAAUGCUCUGCAUUUCAUGUACAUAAGCACAUUCUUAUCCUCUGCACAUUCCUUCACUCAUUUCACAUUCUAAUUCCUCCCAAACAGUAGAGUUUGAAAAAUGAUGAAGAUAGUAGGCAUUUUUGCUUGUUUGUUAAUUGUAGCUUUGGAUGUAACUGCUGGAAUUCUUGGGAUCAAAGCCGAAGCGGCUCAAAACCAGGAAAAGCAUUUGAGACUAUUGAUAUUUGAGUGUAAAGAGCCAAGCCAUCAGGCAUUCGUCCUAGGCGUAGCUGCUGCUACUCUUCUGUGUAUAGCUCACGUUCUUACAAAUUUGCUUGGAGGGUGCAAUCUCUGUACUCGAGGGGAGCUUUCAACAGCACCUCCUAGUAAGCAAUUAUCAAUGGCAUGCCUCCUCCUUACAUGGAUCAUACUGGCAGUUGGCUUGGGGCUGCUGGUGAUUGGAACAAUAUCAAACAACAAAUCAAGAGCUUCCUGCGGUUUCACGCACCAUCAUUUCUUAUCAAUUGGAGGGAUCUUGUGCUUUGUUCAUGCCAUAUUUUCUGUUGCUUAUUAUGCAACCUCAAAUGCCGUGCUUGGCGUGUAGGCAAAACAGAAUCCAUGGAUGUCACACACUGCAGCU